UCGAGAGCUGUAGCCAGUUCUGCUCCAAUCUAUUUUGGACCUCUGGGCCCCUUCCUCUCUGGGUCCCUCCACACCCUCCUGGCAUGUUUAGCUGAGGUUGGGCCUCUAAGAGAGAGUAGGGGCUGGGGGACCUCAGUGGCCCCCUUAGGGAGGGGCAGGGGGCAUGCAGAGGCUGGCAGUCUCAGAUUACCACCCACCCUCCUCCUCCACUCCAGGGGCCUGCCCAGGCUGCCCUGGUUCCAACCACAACAUCCUUUGGGGUUUGGCCUAUAGAUCUGGGGCGGAUGACCCCAAAUAGCCCUGGCAGAGUCCCCUGCGACCCGCCCGCACUGUGAUCGGGCGGCCCACCCUGGCCUCCGGGGCAGAACCCAAGAGUAUAAAUGUUGCUGGAGGCUGGUGGAAACACCGGAGUCUGAGCAGACCAAAGCCACCGCAGAGACACCAUGAGGCCCCGCAUGCUCCUCACCCUGCUGGCCCUGGCCGCACUCUGCCUCGCUAGCCAGACAGAUGCAAAGCCCAGUGGUGCAGAGUCUGACAGAGGAGCAGCCUUCGUGUCCAAGCAGGAGGGCAGUGAGGUGGUGAAGAGACUGCGGCGCUACCUGGAUCCUGGGCUGGGAGCCCCAGCCCCAGCCCCCUACCCAGAUCCCCUGGAGCCCAAGAGGGAGGUGUGUGAGCUCAACCCGGACUGCGACGAACUGGCUGACCACAUCGGCUUCCAAGAGGCCUACCGGCGCUUCUACGGCACAGCCUAGAGCCUAGAGCCUGCAGCCCUGCUGCCCUGCCGGCCGCCCCCUGCCCUGGCUCCUCUCCAGAACCCCUUCCCCUUCCCUCGCCCUGACCUCCCUGCCCUACAAGUGUGGGGUCACCAUCUGCCCAGCUGCUCCAGAAUAAACUCCAGAAGAGGAAUUGGUGGCGUCUGAUUCUUUAUCUAUGGAGGGUGGGGAGGUGCUGGGAGGGUGGGGAGAGGCAAGGGUGUUUUACCUCCUUCAGUCCCAAAAAGUGCUUCCCAAAGUCUGUUGACUUUUU